AAAAAGUCAACUGAAAUGAAAUCGUCUAACAACGAAAUGCACGCCACAGACGAGGACUUUCGAAAAAAGACCUUGUCGUGGCGUUCCUUAGCCGCAAUAUCCUUGGAAAGCACGGGUCGGGAGCUGGACGACGGAGUGUCCCGGUGGCUGUCGCUUAACCUCGAGGAGGACAUUAAAAACAUGCUAAACGAGGCGGGCAAAUUCAUGCGGCGCAACCGGAAUGACCGAUUGUGUCUGUCGCACAUCCAGCAAGCUGUCCGGAUGGACGAAAACCUCCCCAAGGAUCUGUUCUUCAGGCUGGUCCUGCACGAAGACUGCUUUAGGUUGCCUGCAGGAGAGCUGAACCGCACGGCGGGCGGAGUGCAUAUUACGGAUCCUGGGCCUGUGCAUCUAGUUUCUUGCCAGGAAUCCGAGCCAGAGUUUCUGCUGGAGCCGCCGGCUCCCUCCCUCCAAUCAGGUUGGCUGAAGCUGGAGCAGGUACUGCUGAAGCCCGUCAAACGCUAUCCGCUGACCAAGGAGCAGCAGUGCUUUUACGAGCUGAUCACCGAGGCCUCCGUGGGAUCCUCGGAGCUACGGCGUCAGCGAGCGCUCCAAACUCUCUCCACGGAUCCCUCGGUGAAGGUGCUGCUGCCCACGUUAAGCGAGUUCAUCGCGGACGCAGUGGGCAUCAACGUGACCCAGCAGAACGUGUCACUGCUCCUCUACUUGAUGCGCAUGGUCAGAGCCCUUUUGGGAAACUCCACCGUGAGUUUGUUACAAUACCUCCACCUCAUCCUGCCGGCUGUUCUUUCGUGCCUGCUGACCAAACAGGCCUGCCCAACCGCUGGCUCAGAUGAUCACUGGGCCUUGAGGGAGUACUCCGGCAACGUGAUGGCCCAGAUCGUGCGCCACUUUGAGGCCUCCGACAACAGCAUCAUGCCCAGAGUUAUUGGGACCUACAAGAAGGCUCUUCGCAUGGAGCCACUGACGACGGUGUAUGGAGCAGUGAUUGGCUUGGGAAAGUUGGGCAAUCACGCGGUGCGCUCUUGCAUUGUACCUCAAAUAGAGUACCUAUAUGGACGCAUCGAGCCUCACCUGACUGCCAGUAAUGGGUGCUCCAGCUCCAGCGUGGACAAGCAGGCCGCUAAGUACAUUCGCCACCGUGUGUUGAAAAUGUGCACUUCGGUGCUGAAAAGGAUUCACCAAGCGCCGGAUCUCCCGGAGCAGUAUACCCAAGCGUAUGGACUUUUGGGUCCGCCGUUGUGCUACUCCGUCAUCGUAUCACGCAUCCAGGGGGAAGCGGUAGCAGCAGCCAAGGCCGAGUCGGAAGCGGCGUCCAGGAUAGACAAGGCCAUAACCACUCCCGAACAGCUCAAGGUCUCAAGAAUUGCAGGACCUGUAUGUGUCGGCUCUAAGGCUCAAAUCUCUACCAAUCAAUUUCCCAGCAAUGGUAUUCGUCGCAUCAACGAUUUACCUGGUAUAUCUGGUUCUUCCAUUAUUCCCAUGAGUGGACUUAACGUCAUGGUCCCACCACGGUUAUCACACAACCCAAUGGCUCUGGUAAAAAAUCAGGCGAUCCCUGGAAAGCUCGUGGUUCAACGGGCUCAGCCGCCUCGAUUCAAAAACUCUUCAGUCCCGCCGGCAAUCAAACGUCCCUUCUCGCCAGCCAACAAUGCAAUACUCGUGAAGUCAAACAAGCAGUGCGCUUUUCCCUCUAUCAACAAUGGAUUUAUUUCUUCAGCAUGCAAUAAUGGCAGAAAGCCCAUUACCUAUUUACUUAAAUAGUUAUUGUUUACGAACUUAAUAUUAAUUGCAAUACUUAUAAAGCUCUUGUGAUUUAACUUUUGAAAAGCUGAAUAAACCUUA